UGAAUAGAAACAAAAGAAAGAAUGUACUUUAUUGUAUUUACUUCCUUAACUUUAUUAACCCUGCCAGGAGUACUUCUCAAAUUGACAACUGAUCCCGCCAUGUCCAUAGCUGGCAUGAAAUACCUUGUGGAUAUGGAGGGUUUAUUCAUCAACGAGCUAACGCACUACACAAAAGAAUUAAAGGAUAAAAUCGAUACGAUAGAAAGUUUUCUGCACGAUGUACAAUCCAAACGAGAAAUUUCAAGAAAAAACCCAGAGGAGUUUGUGGCUCAUCCCCUCAACGGAUUUUCCCUCAUUCGGCGAUUGCAUGAGGAUUGGACUCACAUUGAACUCUUUAUGGCCCAAGGUGUUGGACAGGAGAGCCUUAAAGCCAUUCAAAAAGGUUUAGAAGAAGGACGACCCACUGAUCAGGAUCUGGAUGAUGCCAUCGCCGGAAUCAGGGCAAUGUGCCGAUUUUAUAAUCUUCAGCCCGAUGAUAUCGCCAGGGGAAUUUUCUUGGGCCAAGAAUACAAUGCCAGUUUGACUGCACUAAAUUGCCUUUCUUUGGCCAAAGCCUGUAUCAAUUAUGAGGAAGGUAACGAUGCCAUAAACUGGUAUAAAACUGCUGUAAGCCAAUACGAUGACGACCGAGAUGGCCAAGUCUACAGGGAUGUUUUCGACUUCAAGCUUCCUGAUUUGUACGAAAAUUAUGUAUCAACUUUGGUGUCGACAGGUUACCGCCAAGCUGCCCUGAGUGUUAUUCGGGAUGUAUCUGAUUUAGAUGCCACUCUUUGGUUACUUCACAAGAAAGUCUAUGAUGACGCGAAAAUUGACAUAGCGGAUCCCACGUUUCUCGGAAAACCCUGGGUGGUUGGAUCGCGUUGUCAAGGAAAAUGGGACACCAAGAAAUACUUUAGUUGCCAUUAUGAAAGUAAAACGACAGAUUUUCUUAGGCUUGCCCCUCUAAAAGUGGAGGUUUUAAGCCUAGAUCCUCACAUUGCGAUCUAUCAUGGUGUGAUCUAUGACAGCGAAAUCUCGAGGGUGAAAAAUGGAUCACUUGCUUCUCUGAAGAGCCCUCCGCGAUACAUUAAUGGUGAUGACUAUAACCUAAAGUUUUCGAGGGUCAUCGAGGAUCACAACAGUACGUUAAAUCAAAGAGUUAAGGACAUUACGGGAGAGGAAGUUAGGGAGGACAGCGAUUUUGUCAUAUACAACUAUGGUAUAGGUGGGCAUAGGAACAUUCAUAUGGACAACUUACAAGCAAUCGAUCAAAUGGCAGAACUAGGCGAUCGCCUAACAAGCGUUAUGUUUUUUUUAAGCGAAGUGAACCAAGGUGGUGCUAUCGUUUUUCCCUAUGCAAACUUGACUGUUUGGCCUCAAAAAGGAAGCGCUCUCGUUUGGAGAAAUCUUAAUUUUAAGAUGCAAUCCAACGAAGGACUUGUGCACCUUUCGUGUCCAGUUGUAGUUGGCUCAAAGUGGACCCUCAUCAAAUGGCUGCACGAAAGACCUCAAAUGUUUUCUAGACCUUGCGAAAAAGAGUAUUCGGGCUUACAAACACAUGAAAAAAUGAUUUAAUAAGCGUAAAUAAAAUUCAAUAAUUUGUUUUUCCAUGCUGUA